AUGAACUCAAUUAAUCAAUUAACCCCAGAAGAAAGACAAGCCAAAAAAGAAGAACUGAGAAAAAACCUGGACCUUCAAAAAGAAUUAUUAAAAGAAAUUGAGGAGGAAGAUCUACAAAAAGAAAAAGAAGAAAAGAAAACUCUAAUAGCAGAAAAAGAAACUGAAUUAAAGAACAUAAAUCAACAAAUCAUAAAACUAAGGAUUACCAGGGAAAACCUAGCAAAAGAAAUUGAAAAUUUAAAAAUAGAAAUCGGAGAAAAAACUAUUAGCGGAAAAAUUAUUGAAGAAAUACUUAAAGAAGAAGCAAGAGCAGAAAAUUCUCAGAAAAGAAAUAUCUCGCCAGGGGAUAAAUGGAGUCAAGAAUGGGGAAGAAAGAAUAAUUUUGAAGAAAAUUACUAUAAAAGAAACAAGAACGAAGAAUUCGGAGUAAAAGAGCGAUUAGGAAAAAGAGAAGAAAGAAUUGGAAACUUCGGAUGCAGCAACUGUAAAGAAACAACCCACCUGUUUAAAGAUUGUCCAGAAAUAGAAUGUGGAAACUGUCGAAGAAAAGGACAUAUAAAGAAAUUUUGUCCAGGAAAAAUAGAAAAAAUUGAAAUCGAACUACCAAAUGAAAUUAUCAAAGAAAUAUUUUUACAAACAAUAGAAUCCAUAAGGAACGAAAAAGAAACUUUAGAGAAAUAUAAAAAUAGAAGGAUACUGGACCUACGAAGAAUCUCGAAAGGAUGGACAGGGUUCUUUACAAAAGAAUCUUUUCAGGAAAUAUUCAUGACUAGAAUCUGUAAACCAAGAAAUAAAUUUAAAAAGAAACAACCAUGUACAUGUGGAGUAGACGCUUUUGGACAUUUAAAAGAAACAUGCAAGAAUUGCAUAGAAAAAAUGAAAUACAUGACUGAAAAAGAAGAAAUUUUGAAGAAAGUAUUUGGAAAAGAAUUUUUCAAUAAUUGUGACUGUGAAUUUUGUAAAGAAAGAAGGGAUUUUGAAAAAAGAAAAGAAGACCCUAAAAAUAAAAAGGCAGAAAUAUAUGGGAAAAUAUUUAACCAAAUAGAACAAAAACAAACAGGAUAUUAUCAAUGGACAAGAAAAGAUAUUAUAGGAAAUAUACAAUAUCAUAAAACUACCAAUGCCCAUAAAAGGGGAUGUAGGACAUGUCAAACAUUAAAGGAAAGAUUAGAUGAAAUACGAGAAUUGGAGAACAAUAGAUAUUUCCAAGAUUAUUAA